AGUGGGUGUUGGGCUAUUAGAGUUUGUAAAUAAACACUGAUGGAUGGAACUCCAAAGUUAUUUGGUUUGAAUGGAACUCCAAAUAUUUAAAGUAGAGUAGGUCUUUUUGCCUCUGAAGGAAUGGUUCAUUUGACUUCUUUGGAAGUGGCAUGUAAUUUUCUUUUGUUUUCUCCAUUUUAUUAUUAGUCUGCCACUAUUUUUUUUUGUAUCUCAUGUCGAUUCUCAUUAAAAAUCAGAUAUUUAAUUUUGGAACUAAAGAUGGGAAACCAGCGGAUACUUUGUCGCGAAAACACUCAUAUGUUCUGCAGCCGGUAACUGGGAAAGCAAAGUACUCAAAGCUGCAUUCGAGUGAAGUUGCUGAUAGCAAACAACCAUUGCAGACGGCUGUUGUGAAUUUGGAUGAUGUUACAAUCAGCUUAUCUAAGGAUGGAUACAGAGAUAUGAUGAAAUUAGCAGACAACUUCGCUACAUUUAAUCAACGUCUAAAGUAUGCUCAUUUCCGUCCACUGGUGCCAGUAAAAGCUGAUUCCAGGUCUUGGUGGAAGUAUGCUUACAGAGCUGUAUCCGAUCAGAUGAAAAAGGCAAGGUAUUUAACUUCAAUUAUAUUCACAGCCUUAUACAUUACUUGUCAACUGCUAAGAUUUUGAUUGUUAAUUACUGUAAUAGGGUUAUAGAUAGAGAAGAGGAGAAAGGUUACAUAUGG